GUAAAGACGAAAGUUGCCGAACCGGGCGCCAUAUUGUAAUGUCAGAUUUUGUGACGCUCCUUCUAUGUAUUGUGAAUUGAAUUUUCUAAAAGGUGUAAUAAACAGUGAUUGAAAAUUGCUCGAUAUCUAUAAAAUACAGGUGCAAGGGUGCAUUAGUGCAUCCAAUAUACCAUGAGUUAUCAGAUGCCAUCGUCACAGAGCCGUACCAUGUCUCACAGCAACUAUGGUGGAUCUGAUGUGCCCAUGGCUCCAAGCAAGGAGCAGCAGACCCUCAUGUGGCAGCAGAACUCCUACUUGGUUGAUUCUGGUAUUAACUCGGGAGCUGCCACUCAGGUUCCAUCACUUACUGGAAAGGAAGAUGACGAGAUGGAAGGCGAUCAACUAAUGUUUGAUUUGGACCAAGGAUUUGCACAAGGUUUUACUCAGGAACAAGUUGAUGAUAUGAAUCAACAGCUUUCACAAACGCGAUCUCAGCGUGUUCGUGCUGCUAUGUUCCCUGAGACACUGGAAGAAGGCAUUGAGAUUCCUUCUACCCAGCUUGAUCCUGCUCAACCCACUGCAGUCCAACGUCUUUCUGAACCAUCACAGAUGCUGAAGCAUGCUGUUGUUAAUCUGAUCAAUUACCAAGAUGAUGCUGAUUUGGCUACAAGAGCUAUACCAGAGUUGAUCAAAUUGUUGAAUGAUGAAGAUCAAGUGGUUGUAUCUCAAGCUGCCAUGAUGGUCCACCAGCUCUCAAAGAAAGAGGCUUCACGGCAUGCUAUCAUGAAUUCACCACAGAUGGUAGCCGCUUUAGUUCGCGCUAUUUCCAAUAGUAACGACUUGGAGACAACAAAGGGAGCAGUUGGAACCCUGCACAAUUUAUCUCACCAUCGUCAAGGAUUGCUGGCUAUCUUCAAGAGUGGUGGAAUACCAGCAUUGGUCAAGUUACUCAGCUCGCCAGUAGAGUCUGUCCUCUUCUAUGCCAUCACAACUCUUCACAACCUACUAUUACAUCAGGAUGGAUCCAAAAUGGCCGUAAGACUGGCUGGAGGUCUGCAGAAAAUGGUGGCUCUGCUCCAAAGAAAUAAUGUUAAAUUCCUUGCCAUUGUGACAGAUUGCCUGCAGAUUUUGGCAUACGGUAAUCAAGAAUCGAAACUUAUUAUCCUUGCUUCUCAAGGACCGAUCGAAUUGGUACGAAUUAUGCGUUCUUACGACUACGAAAAGCUGCUGUGGACCACCUCAAGAGUUUUAAAGGUGCUUUCGGUCUGCUCAAGCAACAAGCCUGCUAUUGUCGAGGCUGGAGGCAUGCAAGCUCUAGCAAUGCAUCUUGGUAAUGCAAGUGGCCGACUCGUUCAGAACUGUCUCUGGACAUUGAGGAAUCUUUCUGAUGCUGCCACUAAAGUCGAGGGCUUGGAAGGUCUGUUACAAAGUCUGGUGCAAGUCCUUGCCUCAACUGAUGUCAACAUUGUCACCUGUGCAGCUGGCAUUCUAUCAAACUUGACAUGCAACAAUCAACGUAAUAAGGUAACAGUGUGUCAGGCGGGCGGUGUAGACGCGCUUGUUCGCACUGUAGUAUCAGCGGGAGAUCGCGAAGAGAUCACCGAACCCGCCGUCUGCGCUCUGCGUCACCUCACCUCGCGCCACGUCGAGAGCGAGAUGGCUCAGAACGCCGUUCGCCUGCACUACGGAUUGCCGGUGAUAGUGAAGCUGCUGCAGCCACCUUCUCGCUGGCCGUUAGUGAAGGCUGUGGUUGGCUUGGUUCGCAACCUAGCGCUGUGCUCGGCUAACUACGGGCCACUGCGUGAACACGGUGCUGUUCAUCAUCUCGUUCGACUUUUGAUGCGUGCAUUCAACGAUACUCAAAGGCAACGGUCCUCGGUGUCUGGUGGUGGUGGCGGCGUUGGCGGUGUCGGUGGUGCAGGAGGCGCCUACGCAGAUGGCGUCCGCAUGGAAGAGAUUGUAGAGGGCGCUGUGGGCGCACUGCAUAUUCUCGCUAGGGACUCGCUCAACAAACAACUUAUACGCCAACAAAACGUCAUACCGAUAUUUGUUCAGUUGCUGUUCAACGAGAUCGAGAAUAUACAACGUGUCGCUGCUGGAGUACUCUGCGAGCUGGCCGUAGACAAAGAAGGCGCAGAGAUGAUAGAGGCUGAAGGCGCUACUGCUCCGUUAACUGAACUACUUCAUUCGCGCAAUGAAGGUGUCGCUACUUAUGCUGCUGCGGUGUUGUUCCGUCUGUCUGAAGAUAAGCCUCACGAUUAUAAGAAGAGACUCUCUAUGGAAUUGACUAAUUCUUUAUUCCGUGAAGAUCCACAAAUGUGGCCAGCUGAUUUGGCUAUGCAACCGGAGUUACAGGACAUGCUCGGGCCGGAACAGGGCUACGAAGGGCUGUAUGGCACGCGUCCAUCAUUUCACCAACAAGGGUACGAUCAAAUACCGAUAGAUUCGAUGCAGGGUCUAGAAAUUGGCAGCGGUUUCGGCAUGGAAAUGGAUAUAGGUGAAACAGAAGGUGCAGGCGCGGCGUCGGCAGACCUCGCUUUCCCUGAGCCGCCACAUGACAACAACAACGUGGCGGCCUGGUACGACACCGACCUGUGAUCCCGCCACGACUUCGAUUAGAUGUUGUUACUAGACUGCGUUUUACGAACCUACAUUAUUUUUGGACUAAAAAAUGAAAUUAAAUCUUACGAUGAUGACAUUACGGUUGUGUUUUUCAAGUUAACAAAAUUUAUUUGACAUUCAAAAUUGAAGAAUUUUCGUGUAAGAAAUGAAAGUUUUGUUUUUUAGUCCAAACGUUUUAUUUCAUGAGACUCGCUUUAAUUUUAUUCGUUUUAGACCUAUUUUCAUUCAUUUAUAGUGUUAUGAUUUUGCUAUUUUUGUCACUGUUCAAAAAGAAAUAAGUGAAUGACAAAAUGAAAAAUACCGUAUCCAUGAAAAAAAGAAUACUGUACGUUGUUUAUCUUAAUUAUUCUCAACAGCAUAUUGUUCAAUGAAAUAAAAAAAAAAACUUAUUUCCCCUCUACGCUAAGCUUUGCCUUAUCUAGCGAGGAUAUGUAGUUUAAAAAGGCGUUACCAAAAUAUUUAUUCUCACUUAUGCUGUUGAACUCGUAUGCUGUUGAUAUAAAUUUUCACAAAACUCGUAACAAUAUCAGAGAAGUUAACGUUCAAAUGGAACAAAAUACCUGUGAUACCAAUUAAGCAGCUAUAAAAGCGCUCGAUAAAAAAGAAAAAAAAAAAACACAAAAUGACAGACUCAAUUCACCCCCUUUUAAUUUUUCAAUUGGUGCUAAGUUUGAGAAAAAAAAAUUAUUAAAAAAAAAAGAUAUUGUGUGAAAGCGUACGCCCUGCAUUGAUUAUAUCGUUCGUUUUAUACGCGUACGUAUAAAAUGCGUGUAAUCGGGAAAUAGGGUAAAUUAACUUUUAAGAUUUUUAUAGGCUUUAAAUCGUAUUUCAUAGUUGUCUAUGUAAUUGAAAUUAUACGCGCAUUUAAAAAAGUAUUUUGAUUUAUUUAAUUAAUUACUGAAUGAAUCAUUUAUCGUGUGUAUUUUGUUAUUGCAAUAAAAUUAAUGUAUGAAGCGUUUUAUUUAAAUAAUGGAUAAGACUGGUCGAUUGAUAGGCAUGUAUUUAAUGGGUGACUGCCAUUUUUAACAGAACUGUGUAUUUCUUUUUUAUUAAUAUAAUAGAUGGUGGCCAAACUACGGUAGUGUGAUUGGUAAUAAUUGCCAUUUGAUGCGUUUUUUUUUUUAAUUGACUUAAGAUAUGUAGUAAAAGAGGCAAUGUUCUCUACAAUAUUUGUUAAGUAGACAUUAUUUGGACUUAAUUUUAUGCGUUUUAAUUAUUCACAAUACAGACAAUGUUGCAAUAUUCCACUGGAUGAACUCCGCUUUAUACUUUCCAUUGCAUGAGUUGUACAAUAAAUAAAUCCCAGUUAUAUCUAUAUUAUUUAUUCAAUUUUAUACAAGUCAUAUUUCGUUUGGUAUGAUUAAAUUGUACUUAAGUAAAACAUUUCACUAUCAGUUUUUUACCUAUGAUAUUCAGACUUAGUAAUGCACUCCAUACUAAAUACUAACCCACCCAUAGCAGAAUAUAUCGUAUAGAAUAAUGUAAUCCUAACUUCGUCAAAUACAACGCGUAUAACUAUGGUCUUCAAACGUCUUUGUCGUUGGUGAAAUAAAAUUAAUUACGUAUUACCACACUCCAUGGUUUCAGCGAUUUCUUUGACGAAGUCUCUUGUAUUAGGGUAAGAUUUAGGAAUAAUUACAUAAUGUUCUCUUAGGUCAACCUAUAAUUUUUCUAUUACACAAUUUGUCACUGCUUUCAUUGUUUAUGAAGACAGUGCUCAAAUUAUUUUGUGUCCAUUUAUGUAUGGAUAAUAAAAUUAAUUUAAAUAA